CGCAUAUUCACUAAUGGAACCUGUCGACGCGCCACGAGGCCAGUACAACAACAUAUCGUGACAUUUCACAGACAAAAUUUCCUGGUCGGCUUCUGCCUUGUUCCCUUUUCCUGCUCUUCCUCUCAUCGACUGAUCCAUUUCGCCGCCAUGGAUCGUAGCCUCGACGAAACAAUCGCCGAACGCCAGGUCCGUUUCUACGCCGUUCCUGCCAUUGCCGUCCAUGCUGAUGACCACCAAGAAGGCGGAGACUCGCUCUCGCAGAGGCCCUCCACCGCAACAGCGCCGUAGAGAAUACAACUAUCCCCGCGAUGGCGUCAGAAAGGUCCGAACAUCCUCUCCUCUCCUCUAGUACCCGCCUGUCCAGCCAGUACGAUUGAUCGCCGCAUCAUCUCGAAACACCUCCCAUGUGUUGCUCCGACAAUUCGACGCGCUUCAGGCCAGGGACAGUUUGACAGACAGCUAACCUAGAUCUUGCCCUUCUACAGUCUGCCAGAGAUGAUCGCGCGAACUUGGAUAAGUACGGAAUACGCAUGGGCUGCGAAAAGGCGGGACUAAAGCGUUGGUAGUGACUGGGUUCACGACCGGUACGAUGACGAACCAGACAGUAUGUAGCAUGGCAAAAAGAUACAAUGGGGAAAGCGAUUGAUGGUGGAAGCAGGCCGCCGCUACGAUCGACCGAGGGAAGGCAAUCACCGUCGUGAUGAUGAUCGCUCGCCAGAACGCGACAGAAAACCCCCUCCAGCUAAGCUCAGAGUUGACAACUUGCAUUACGACCUGACGGAGGAUGAUAUUUGGGACCUCUUCCAACGCAUUGCUCCUGUGAAGGAAGCCCGACUACGCUAUGACCGCGCUGGCCGCUCCGAAGGGAUUGCUUUUGUCACAUAUGAAAACGUCACUCAUGCAAGAGCCGCCAUCCGCGAAUUCGACGGUGCCAAUGCGAAAGGACAGCCAAUUCAUCUCACACUCCUUCCUCUUCCGAGACGAGACAACCCUUUUGACCGCGUGGAGAAUCCAAAAAGCCUUUUUGAUCGGAUCGAGGCGCCGGCGAACCGUAGCCGACGACGAAGCGAAAGUCCGAUGGAAGAGCUAGAUGAAGAGCGAAGAAACCGCCGUGCGCCACGACGAGGAGGCCCAAGAGACCGCAGGAGCGAUACCACCAAACCAGCUCCAGAAAAUAUUGAUCGCUACGUCCCAGGCCAGCGCGACAGCCGAAGUUCAAGUCAUCGCGGAGGGCGGAGACCGGGUGAGCGGAGGGAGCGUGCUGGCAGAGACGGAGAGGGACAUAAAUUGGUGAACGGCAGGCCUCGAAAGACUGCAGAAGAACUCGAUGCAGAAAUGGACGACUAUUGGGGGAAUGCCAAUCCCCACGAAGAAACCUCCGGCGGUGCUGCUCCGGCGGCGCAGGAAGCUCAGCCCACAGCCGGAGAUGACAUCGACAUGAUUGAAUAAGGAUGACUGUCCGGAUCCAAAAAGGGGCAAAUCUGUACAAGUAGAUCCUAUGCGGAGUGGAAUGGGUGGGCUGAUCUUCUGAAGCCUGAGGAAAAGACAUGAGAGGAAAGGACAAUUCCCAGACGAAAUUGAAAUCAAGACUCUUAAAUUCUGUGGAAAACCUUGAAUCUUCCCCUCCCCGGCUUGAGACUCUAUUUGAAAGGGUCUCCUCGUCUAACCCACCUUCGACAGUACGAAAUCUUCAACCGCCUUCAUCCCCUCCUCGGCACCACUCCCUGUCACGCCCUUUGGGAACAUGAUGUAUCCAUGAGGCGCGCCUGGCACGAUCUUAACCACCGACUCCGCACCGGCCAUCAACCACUUCAUACUCAUGAACAUUGUGUCGUCCAGAAGGCAGUCCUCCGUCCCGCACGUGAAGAGGGCAGGCGGCAACUUCUCCCUCAGCGGCUCCAGAUUGGCGUAUAGCGGGGAUACUGACGGAUGUCUCUUCUCCUCGUGGGUCAUGCCGGGGAGAAAGACGUCGAUGUAGUGGUCCAUCAGGUCCUGAUCCAGGACCAAUAUCUGCGGUCGUUGAAAAUUGUACACUUGUGGGGUCCAUACCAUCGAGUAACAGCCGAAGUGCAACAGGAGCCCUUUGAAGCGAAAAUCCGAGUACUUUGGGUGGUGAUGUUGUAGAAGGUGAAGAGUGACGAGCAUGCUAAGAUGUCCACCGGCGGACUCUCCGCCCACGAAACCUAACGGGACUCCAAACUGGGACUCGG